GCUGAUUACCGAUGAUUUGACCCGCGAUGGUUCUCGCCAAGGCGUCGGCGACUUCAGCUCCCCUCAGCUCCCUCAUCGUUUCAAUCCGUUCUGGCUUCGCCCAAGGCUGCUCCGUUCACUCUCGCCAUCUUGUUUGCUCGUCCAGCACCGGCAAUGAAAAAGAGAGCUCCUAACCUAUCGUUACCAGGGUUCCGGAUCAAGGGUCCCUCUUUGCUUAGCGUGAACCUUCGGGCUUAAGGUCUUGGUGCUAGGGGUAUAUCAUCAACACCCCCACCCAUGGCUCUUGAGGACGGCAAGCAGGCUGUGUAUUACAUCGUUGGGCUCUUUGCAUAGCGAGACACGAACCUCACAGGAUUACACGCCGCUAUUCUCGAUCCUGAUCCCGCAAUGGCCCCCCGAAUACGCCGAGCGCUCUGGCCAAGUUCACGGGUGAAUAAUUCCGAAACAGCUUUGGAUGUCAUAGCAUCGGCCCAACCAGUCUUGCUUCUGGAUGCCUUUAUGGGCUAUGUCUCGACAUUCUUCCACGAGUUGCGCUACGAGCCCACAGCUGCGUUAUCUUCCGCCGGUUCUCAAGAUGGCCCAAGCAUGUGCUCGUCCCACCAAGCUCACCCGAGGCGGCCUUGGCUACACGAUGCCCGCCGCCACAGAAUAUUCUCCCAGACCCCGAGACGACAGUUCCACAACUACUUCGUAACGCACCUACCUUCGUCGUCUCUCCAUCCCGACUCUCGGUCCUCCAGCGGCCCACACCACAAGCUCCCGCGUUCGGCUUCCACGCCGCACACCCAGGGCCCAGGAUCGUCCCCCGCCGUGGUGCCGCCGAACAUGCCGAGCCGAGACCUGACGGUCGUACGAAUACCCCUCCGGAGUGCAAAGCACCACUUUGGCGCGUAUAGCUCUCGGGGCUCGCGCGGCUAUAACGAGGACACCAGCCAGGCUGGGACAAUCAAUAUGCCCGCCUUUGCCAAGAGGGUGCCGAUAAGCCUGAGUGCGAAGCGGGGCCCGAGAUCCGGCGGCGAGGGUACAAGUGCAGAUAGUUCCUUCGGGGAUCCGCAGAUCUUCUACUUUGGCGUGUUCGAUGGCCAUGGCGGUAGUGAGUGCAGCGAAUUUCUCCGAGAUGAGCUUCAAGGGUAUAUCGAAGCGGCGGCGGCCAAUUUUGGCCUAAGGAGUAGUCUGAGGAGGGCCCAAAAUGAUGCGAUGGGCCAAGACCAAACCGAGGAUACUCGCUCCUUGAACACUUGGGAAAAUCCGACCACGGCUCAAGGCCGUCAAGCUCUGAAUCGAGUGCAGAUGAAGAGCGGCGAGGAGGUCAAGGCUGAACUGAGCCGCUCUAAGAAGCAGGAUCACGGGGACAUUGUCGACCGCGGCUCUCUUAAGGAAAGCCUCGAAAGCGAAGAAACCCUUGUCCCGGAAAAUGAAGACGUCCGCAGGGCACUCCUACUCGAGGAAGAGCUGGUCGAUGAGUACAAGAGUACCGUGGGAGGCUACUUCCGCCGCUUCAAACCCUCGCAUUUCGGCAUCCUAGAUCCUAGAGCACGCUCCUCAACCGACGACCCGGACAGCCCGGAGCCGGAGCCGUUGGACGAUGUCGUGAGCCUCGAGUCGGUCCUCACGUACGCAUUCCUCCGGGCGGACCUCGACUUCGUCACGGCGCAAGCCCGGAAACCCGACCCCGACGACCCGUACGUCUCGGACUUCCCGCUCAACCAGGAUGAGGUCCUCGGCCGCCCCCACCUCGCACCUUCGGGCCAGGGGAUCGGCGGCCCCGCCCGCUUCAAGGGCGGCUCGACGGCGUCGAUCGCGCUCAUCUCGACGCCGACCGCGGCGCCGUUCUGGCACCCGGCGGCGCACUCGACGCUCGCCGUGGCGCACGUGGGCGACACGCGGGUCCUCCUGUGCGAGACGGCCUCGGGCUUGGCGCGCCCGCUGACGUCGGACCACCACCCUUCGUCGCCGGCCGAGAGCCGGCGGCUGCGGCGGUUCGCCUCGGGCAGCCUGGUGACGGACUCGUUCGGCGAGGAGCGCAUCUCGGGCCUCGCCAACAGCCGCGCCUUUGGUGACAUGCGCGGCAAGCGUGUCGGCGUCAGCGCCGAGCCCGAGGUCGGCCGCGUCGAGCUGGGCCCCGCCGAGUACAGCUUCCUCGUGCUCGUCAGCGACGGCGUAUCGGGCACGCUGAGCGACCAGGAGAUUGUCGACGUCGUCAAGGAGGCGCGCACCCCCGAGCAGGGCGCCAGGGCCGUCGUCGAGUACGCCACCGAGGUCUCGUCCGACGGGGACAACGCCACCUGCCUCGUCGUCCGGCUGGGCGGGUGGGAGAGGAGGUCCGAGGGCGGGGUGGGGAGCUUGGGCACAAAGGAGAUCAGGGACGCCAGGAGGGCCGAGGCGUUGGAUCCGAGGAGGGGGAGGAGGUGAGGGAGAGAGACGAAUAGCACUGUUAGACAUAGUGAUUUAUGCAAAUGAGCCGGUGUCUCGUCAUGGGGCACGAUAUCCGCAUGGUUAUGGCGUUGUCGAAUAUAAUAGCAAUGAGCAUGGUUGGCUACCUAGUCUACGAGUGUCAAAAUACCAACCGCCAAUGACCCUCCCCCGCUUCUUUUCUUCUUUUUAUUGUCU